AUGACGGUUGAUAUUCCUUUGGUUAAUGGUACAUCGUACUGUACUCUAACCGCGCACUCCAAAGAAGCGUUUGAGAAGACUGUCAAAUUUUAUGGUGAUUUUUUGCAGCUAGAGGGACGUUCGAUAUCUGGUAACUCGACUUUGCUAUUCAAUGGCGCUGUCUCUUUGAAGCUGGAUCUAGAAAUCGAUGAGAUCAAGCAAAAGGUUGCUGAAGCUCAAUACGAGCAAUUGAAAUCGACUACUAUUACUCAAGAUUGGAGAGCUUCUGUUCACGAAUCCCUUGUCUUCAACACUGCUAAUAUCCAAGAAAACAAGAACUAUCUAGUGGAAGAAAACCUACCUCGUCAAGCCUACCCAACUGACCUUUUUCCAAUGCAACUUUAUACCUUGGACCCAUUGGGUAAUGUCGUCGGUGUUACCUCCACCAAGAAUGCUGUUAGCACUAUGCCAACGCGCCCUCCUACUUCAGACGAGUCAGUCACUUCGUCUCUUGUAUCCAAGGUGCCAUCCUAUACUGACUUGAAGAAAGCAGUUCCAACUUCUGACACGUAUCCCUCGCUACCGGCUUCUUCUAACAAGCCUAAAAAGGCCAUUGCCGUGAUGACUUCCGGUGGUGAUGCCCCAGGUAUGAACGCUAAUGUCAGAGCUAUUGUGCGUACUGCCAUUUUCAAAGGUUGCCGUGCUUUUGUUGUUAUGGAGGGCUAUUCUGGCUUGGUUCACGGCGGUCCAGAAUAUAUAAAGGAGUUCACGUGGGAAGAUGUUCGUGGAUGGUCCAGCGAAGGUGGUACUAACAUUGGUACCGCUCGUUGUAUGGAGUUCAAGAAACGUGAAGGUAGAUUGCUGGGUGCUCAGCACUUGAUCGAAGCAGGUGUCGAUGCUCUUAUCGUCUGUGGUGGUGACGGCUCGUUGACCGGUGCUGACCUAUUCAGAUCCGAGUGGCCAUCGUUGAUUGACGAACUUUUGAAGACCAACAGAAUCACGGAAGAGCAACAUAGCAGAUACAAGCAUUUGAACAUUUGUGGUACUGUCGGUUCGAUUGAUAACGAUAUGUCUACCACUGACGCUACAAUUGGUGCUUACUCUGCUUUGGACAGAAUCUGUAAAGCUAUCGAUUAUGUUGAAGCCACCGCUAACUCGCAUUCGAGAGCUUUUGUCGUUGAAGUCAUGGGUAGAAACUGUGGUUGGCUAGCUCUGUUGGCAGGUAUCGCUACUUCUGCCGACUACAUCUUGAUUCCAGAAAAGCCUGCCUCAUCUCGCGAGUGGCAAGAUCAAAUGUGUGACAUCGUUUCUAAGCACAGAAAGAGAGGUAAGAGAACUACCAUUGUGAUUAUUGCUGAGGGUGCCAUUGCUAACGAUUUAACUCCAAUCUCCUCUGCUGAUGUUCACAAAGUGUUGGUUGAUAGAUUAGGUCUAGACACAAGAAUCACUACUUUGGGUCACGUCCAAAGAGGUGGUACAGCAGUCGCUUACGACCGUAUCCUGGCUACUCUACAAGGUGUUGAAGCCGUCAACGCUGUCCUAGAUUCUACACCAGAUACACCAUCUCCAUUGAUUGCCAUCAAUGAGAACAAAAUCACCCGUAAACCACUUGUUGAGUCAGUCAAGUUAACCAAGUCUGUUGCCGACGCCAUUAAAGCCAAGGAUUUCAAGAAGGCCAUGGCUCUGAGAGACACCGAAUUCGUCGAGCAUUUGAACAACUUCAUGGCGAUCAAUUCCGCUGACCACAAUGAGCCUAAGCUGCCAGCUGACAAGAGACUAAAGAUUGCUAUCGUUAACGUCGGCGCACCGGCUGGUGGUAUUAACUCUGCCGUGUAUUCGAUGGCCACAUACUGUAUGUCUCAAGGUCACAAACCUUACGCAAUCUACAAUGGUUGGUCUGGUUUGGCUAGACACGAAAGUGUUCGUUCCCUAGACUGGAAAUCCAUGUUGGGAUGGCAGAGUCGUGGUGGUUCCGAGAUCGGUACCAACAGAGUCACUCCUGAGGAUGCAGAUAUUGGUAUGAUUGCAUACUAUUUCCAAAAGUAUCAAUUCGAUGGCUUAGUUAUCGUCGGUGGUUUCGAGGCCUUCGUCUCUCUACAUCAACUUGAAAGGGCAAGAGACAGUUAUGCUGCUUUCAGAAUUCCAAUGGUGUUAAUUCCAGCAACUUUGUCUAACAACGUGCCAGGCACUGAAUACUCGCUUGGUAGCGACACAGCUCUUAACGCUUUAAUGGAAUACUGUGAUGUCAUCAAACAAUCUGCAUCCUCAACCAGAGGCAGAGCCUUUGUCGUUGACGUACAAGGUGGUAACUCUGGGUUCUUGGCGACCUGCGCCGCUUUGGCCGUUGGCGCCCAGGCCUCAUAUGUUCCAGAGGAAGGCAUUUCUCUGGAACAGCUCUCGCAGGAUAUUGAGACUCUAGCAGAAUCUUUUGCUAAAGCUGAAGGCAGAGGAAGAUUCGGUAAAUUGAUUCUAAAGAGCACCAAUGCAUCUAAGGCUUUGAGCGCGGAAUCCUUGGCAAAAGUUAUGACAGCUGAGGCUGAAGGCAGAUUCGACGCCAAGUCUGCUAUCCCAGGUCACAUCCAGCAGGGUGGUCUACCAUCGCCAAUUGACAGAACGAGAGCCACGAGAUUCGCUAUUAAGGCCAUCGGUUUCAUCGAGGCCCAGCAAGCUCUGAUCAGUGAUGCUCGUGCCGACAACGAUGGCUUCAACCCAGACGAUAAAGAACUUUCUGGCACUGCUGCCGUAUUGGGUGUCAAGGGUUCUCACAUCGUCUUCACUUCCAUCAGGCAACUUUACGAUUUUGAAACCGAAGUGACAAAGAGAGUUCCUAAGAUCAUCCAUUGGGAAGCCACCAGAGCCAUUGCCGACCAUUUAGUCGGCAGAAAGCGUGUUGAUUAA